AUGUCCGACGACCUCAAGGACGAAAUAGAGGUCAUAAACUCCAUCUACGGCGACGGCACCCUCACCCCGGCCCCGCCAGACUACGUCCUCGCCCUCCCCGGCGCCUCCUCCCUCACCCUCCGCCUCCCCGAGUCCUACCCGGACGUGCCCCCGCAGGUCCUCGGCACCCACAGCGCCGGCGACAACGCCCCCCGCGGAGCCGGCGCCCGCGACCUCGCCCUCUUCCGCGACGCCGUCGCCACAGCCUACCAGCCCGGCGCCGUCUGCCUCUUCGACGCGAUAGAGGAGUACCAGAGGUGGGCGGAGGCGAGCGCGGAAGCCGAGGCCGCGGCGCGGAGCCCCUCGCCGGCGGCAGAGGCGGGGUCGGAGGGGGAGGUAAACGAAGACACCUCCUCUUCGGCGGCGCCGGCGGUGCCGGACUACCUCGCGGAAGAGCCCCCGUGGGUGAUAUCGGACCCGUUCGUGGAGCUCAAGUCGGUGUUCGUGGCGCGCGCGGCGCCGGUGACGUCCCCGGAGCGGGCGGCGGCGUACGUGCAGCACCUGCUGGCGACGGACAAGAAGGCGCGGACGGCGACGCACAACAUGACGGCGUGGCGGAUCCGGGGGCCGAACGGGACGAGCUUCCAGGACUGCGACGACGACGGGGAGACGGCGGCGGGCGGGAGGCUGCUGCACCUGAUGCAGCUCAUGGACCUGUGGGACGUCAUGGUCGUGGUGACGAGGUGGUACGGCGGGCAGAAGCUGGGGCCGCGGCGGUUCGCGUUGAUUAACAGCUGUGCGAGGGACGCGUUCGUCAAGGCCGGGUGGGUGGAGGAGGCUGGGAAGAAGAAGGGCGGGAAGUGA